AUGUUUGCAUCAGAAUUGAUGGUUCUAAAAGAAAUAGAAUAUGAAAAAAGAAUUGAAAUAUUUAAGAACUAUAUUCACAUUGAUAUUAAAAUUCAUGAUUCAAACAUUAAAAAUGAUGUUAUUACUACUAUUAGGAAAUUAACAAUAAUUUUAUUUCUUCUUAUUCAUACAAAAUCUACAAAAAUAAAUAAAAAUAAUAUAAAAAUUGUAUUCUAUUGUAAUCAUUCAGGAAAAACAAAAGAAACAUAUUAUUUCUUUGUUGUAUCAAAAAUUUGUACUUUGUUAAAAUCUGAGAAACAUUUAAUUCAAAAAACUAAUAAUGAAAUAAUAAAAUUUCUUGUAAAUCAUCCUCAUAUUCAAAUUCACCUUAGAAAAUUUAGACAAAUUCAGAGAGAAGAAGAUAGAAAUCAAAUAUUUGAAAAUAUAUUUCUUUCAGAUUCAUUUUUUGAAAAUGAUUCAUUUAUUAAAUUAACAAAUACUUUCACUAAUGGUUAUAUUCAUUCGAUAUUAUUCAUUCAUAACAAAGUGAAUCAAAUGGAAUAUAGUAAAAGAAAAUGGUAUGUUGAUGAUACUGCUAAAACAAAUAUAUAUAAUAAAAAUUUAUAUGUUGUUAUUGUAAAAGAUGAUAAUUCUUUUAACCAACUUCUUUCAUUUCGAUAUUUAUUUGAUCAAUCUGAAAUUUCAUAUAAACUAUUUUUUCAUCAACUUUAUAAUAUUUUAAAUUAUGGACAUGAAAUCAUUAAAUCAUAUAGAAAGAUCAUUGAUAAAAUAUUUUAA